AUGGCAACUAAAAUUUCCACAGAAUUAUUGAUUUUGAUUUUAAAUAAUGUUCAAUCAACUCGUUCAACUCAAGAUUUAUAUUCAUCAUUAUUAGUUAAUCGAAUCUGGUCUAGAACUUUGCUUAUUCAAAAUGGAUUCGAUUUAUCGUCACCACCACUUCAAGCUACUUUUGAUUAUCCAUCAUUUCACUCAUAA